UAACCAUGUAAGGGCCUCAGCUAUCCAUGGCAGUCUAUUAUAGGAGGGUAGGAGAUAAGAUAACACAGGCUAUACAUAAAACCCUCCAUCAUCACCUGGAUUGGAGUAAUCCUACAUUCAGACAUGGCAAGCAAGAAAGCUUCCAACAAGAGGCAGAGGGGAGGACAGAAAUCCUCCUCAAAUGUCUUUUCCAUGUUUGAGCAGUCUCAGAUACAGGAGUUCAAGGAGGCGUUUGGUUGCAUUGACCAAGACAGAGACGGUGUUAUCAAAAAACAGGACCUGAAGGAAACUUAUGCACAACUGGGGAAGCUAAAUGUCAAAGAGGAGGAGUUGGAUGAAAUGUUGAAUGAAGGGAAGGGUCCCAUCAACUUUACUGUAUUUCUGACACUUUUUGGGGAGAAACUCAAUGGUACUGAUCCUGAAGACACCAUACUAGCAGCCUUCAAACCUUUUGAUCCUAAUGGGACAGGCUUUGUUAAUAAGGAUGAAUUUAGACGACUACUGAUGAAUCAGGCUGAUAAAUUCACAGCAGAGGAGGUGGAUCAGGCCUUCGCUCUCGCUCCCAUAGAUCCAACUGGAAACAUUGACUACAAGUCUCUCUGCUACAUCAUCACACAUGGAGAUGAGAAGGAAGAAUCAUGAACGGCACAGUUGUGUGAAGGCAUGUCGUAAAGUCCAACUAAACCCAGCUUACCUAAUAUAAAAAUGCAAAUGACUGCUAUUAAAAUUAUAUCUGAAAGUAUUACACUCUCUCCACCUCAUACCUUUGUAAAACAAUUGGAAAUUGAGAAUUUUCUCAUUUGUAAGUUACUAAUAACGACCAAUAAAGUUUUGGCCUCCUCAAUA